ACCCAGCUCUGGGAUCAAGCUUGCUGUUGCAAUUUUGCAUUAUGUAGCUCAGUGUCAUUUUGAUUCCUGGGAAGUGAAACGUCCAAGGCGCUAUAUGAAUGCAUAUUAUUUGCUAUACAGGAGCGAUUCCUGGAAAUUUAAUCAUAACAUUUGCCACCACACACAGUCCUAGAUCGCAGCUAAUACAUGAGAAUGGAAACAAAAAAGAAUGUGGUUUAAUCCUUAUUUCCUGAGAGGUUUGAAGACAAUUCCGGAAUUCCAGUUUACGAAGGCCCCACUUUCAGCGUGACCUGUCGGAAUUUGACCAAUGUGUCGGUGGGGGGCGCUUGCUGAAUGCGGAGGCAGCUUGCAAGUUGUUGUUGCCUUUUCGUUUUGCUUCCGGGCGGUGAAUGAGUGUUUUGUGGAUAAGUGGAAGCAAGAGGUUGUGGUGGAGAGGGAGCUUACCUAACGCUGCUGGGACAUGAAGGCAGCAGGUCAGUAAAACGGGGUGGGGGACUAGAAGAGGAAGCGAGGAGCCGCUGACAUGACCUUCUACAGAAACGGCGUGUGGUUUCUCAAGGGCUUGCGCGAGUAUACAAAAAGUGGAUAUGAAGCUGCUGCACAACAAUUUGCCCCAAAGGACCUCGAUGUUGAUGUGUCUGGAAGGUGCUUCCUGAUCACUGGAGCGAACAGCGGGAUUGGCAAGGCCACAGCAAUGGAAAUUGCAAAACGGGGCGGUGUUAUUCACCUUGUUUGUCGAAACAAAGAGCGAGCUGAAGAGGCCAAAGCUGAGAUUGUGAAGGAGACCAAUAAUGAGGAGGUUUUUGUCCACAUUCUUGAUAUGUCAAGACCCAAAAUGAUCUGGGAGUUUGCAGAUGCAUUCCAGCAAUCAAAUGACAAACUGAACGUUUUGAUCAAUAAUGCGGGGUGUAUGGUCAAUCAGAGAGAGCUGACUGCAGAUCAAUUAGAAACAAACUUUGCUACCAAUACAUUGGGUCCGUACAUUCUCACUACAGCUUUGAUACCUCUCUUAGAAAAAUGUGAAGAUGCCAGAGUGAUCACGGUAUCGUCCGGGGGAAUGCUGGUCCAGAAACUGAACGUGGAUGAUUUGCAGUUUGAGAAAGGGAGAUUUGAUGGGACCAUGGCCUAUGCACAGAACAAGCGGCAACAAGUGGUAAUGAUGGAGCAAUGGGCAAAAAUGCAUAAGAACAUCCACUUCUCCUCUAUGCAUCCAGGCUGGGCUGAUACAGAAGCUGUGAGAUCUUCCAUGCCGGAUUUCCACACAAAGAUGAAGAACCGGCUGAGGACCCCGUCUCAAGGUGCAGAUACAUUGGUUUGGCUUGCUAUUUCCAACGUCGCAGCACAGCAACCCAGUGGCCUCUAUUUCCAAGACAGGAAGCCUGUGUCAACCCAUCUUCUGCUGGCCCAGACAAGAGCAACAGCUGCUGAGGAAGAGAAACUGAUGAAUAGCUUGGAGGAAAUAGCAAUGAAGCAUAAACCUGGCAGCGGUUGAUGUUGUCAGGGUAAAGGCAAAUGUAACUCUUUGAAAAGUUACUGAGGUGAAACUGUUUCUGCGUCACUGUCUAACCUAUAGUUUUCACUAUUGAUUGAGCAAUCUCCUCCACAAUGAGAAGACACAACACAGAUGGAGUGAUCACUUGUUUGGCAUCUAUUUCCAGCUACUCUCCCACCUUCCCAUCUUUUAACUUCUAGCCAUCGGUCAGUGCCGUCAGGAAAAUAUUUCAUCCUUGCAGCACUUUCAGCUGAGUGCUGGUGAUUAUUUUUGACCUUUUUAGCUAUUUACCUCCAUUUUCCUUUUCUGCUUCUCCCCGUGCUUCCUUUCAACUUCCUUCACUAGGACACACUAUAGAAAUAAAGACUCCCCUUUAACAUUGUUAUGCUUUAACGUCAUUAACAGUGACAAAAAAAUCCAUUUAACAUGGCCAGCUUCACUUGCAUUGUUUGCCACAGAUGUCCUCUUCUGUGGACUACAUUCUUUCAUGACCUCUGCCUUUGCUCCAGCCAUCAGUCCCCAACAUUGCUCCCUUCCAGCCUUGCCUCUGUCGCAGGCCUCAUCUCUCUCUGGGGCCUUACUCCCUUACUAUUCUUUUUGGGACAUGGAUAUUUCUGGUAAGGCCAGCAUUUGUCACCCAUACCUAAUUGCCCUCGAAUUGAGUGGCUUGCUCAGCCAUUUUCAAAGGGUAUUUAAUGGUAAUCCACAUUGCUGUGGGUCUGGAGUCACAUAUAGACCAGAACAGUAGAUAUCCUUCCCUAAAGAAUAUGACUAAACUGGAUGGGUUUUCACGACAAUAGUUUCAUGAAUACAAUUAGCUUUAACGUUCCAGAUUUAUGAACCUGUGUCGGUAUUUGAACCUGUGUCCUCAAGAGAAUGAAUUUGGGCCUCUGGAUUUACUAAUCAAUUCUGUUCCCACUUUACCCCUCUUUUUUUUUUCCUUGCCUUAGACCCUGGUGUUCUUCUCUUGGUUGCUGACUCCAUUCUCAGAGAUCUAAGGCUCUAUAUGGUGGUGGAGGCUGAUCAUUGCUAAAAGUCCCAGGAUUUUAGUAAAUACUAGCACAAACCAACCUCUGUUUCUGAUGGUGUCUCAGUCAAUGCAAAAGUACAGUAGUGCAUGGAAAGUGCCUGCUGAUACCCAUAACUGCACAUAUCCAUUAAUCUGGAAACAUGCACAAUUCUGGAUGGGCAAUGUCAUGGGUUUUGGGUAUGCAUGUAGUCAAAUGUGGGAGGAAGGAGCUGAGGGAUCUAUUACCUGAUUCUUCACAUUUCAGUUCAUAUUUAUUUAAGAAAUCUGUCAGUAUGUGUUUUAUCCAGAUCUGCUAUUGUCUUUAUGAAACUAUUAAAAUGUUUUGAAUGCUUUCACCAUGA